GGGAGAGAGAGAGAGGGAGACACAGAGUGAGAGAGAGGGAGAUAGAGAAAGACAUAUAUAGAGGGACAGACAGAGAAAGAGAGAGGCAUAGAGGGAGAGAGAGGGAAGGGAUGGAGAGAGACAGACAGAGAGAGAGAGAUGGAUGGAGAGAGUGUGGAGUGAGGAUCCUCUGGAGCUCUGUGGGUGGUACACCAUCAUGCCUGAGCUUGCUCUCUGUUGUUGAAGAAUGCAACACUAAACCCGCUGAUGUCAGAGCUGAGGAUACGCUUCAUAACGACGGACCAGAAACGUCUCACGCCAGACCACACACUCGGCUAGAGUUAGCGUCAUGUAGCGUCCUGCAGACGCACUAGGCUUCAGCGUUUUAACAUCUGAGUAUUAAAGAGAUCUCUCAGAAAUACACCACACAAGCAGCCGGUCUUUUCCACACAGAUGCGAUGCGGUGAUGUCACGUUCUCACCGUCUGUCUGAGAGUUUUGGCGGUGUUUCCUGUGAGGAACGUUAGAGAUGAUGACAAAGGAACUCCUUAUUCCUCUUCACUGUCAGGAAGUUGAGAAAAAUCUGCUCUGAUGUCUGAUAAAGAAGAGCGUAAACAUGUUAAUAAUUCAGGUGAGGGACACCAGCGUGUUCUGGCCUUUCCAUCUGCAGAGGCUUUGAAGUGGAUCUUCUGCUGAUGAGUUGACCUUCACCGCUGGACUUCCUCUUCAACCGAUAGAUAGAGACGCUAAGAAGAUAAUGUUCUGUCAGGAAGCUGAGACAGAAACCGACAAAACCACUGCUCUGAGAUCACCCCGAGUUCUGAGACCAAGUUCCGCGAUCACCAGUUUCCGGGAUCACCCCGAGUUGCAAGAUCACACCAAGUUCCACGAUCACUCGAGUCAGGAUAAGGUUCCUGGUUAGUGAGCAGAAAGUUGUGAGUUCUAUCAUCACUGAAGUUCUUGAGUUCCUUGAUGAAGCUCCUUCACCCUGACCUGUCCAGCUGUUCUGUCUCCUUCAGGGCCAUGUCAGGUCCUUCACGUCUCUCUCAGGUUCUUCGCAGUACCGCACAGCUCUGUGUUAGCUCAGAACCCUUACUCAUCGGUUUAGAUCAGACUUUUGGUGUUUUCCUCAUGUCGGUUCAGCAGCAGCUUCUGGUCAUGCAAAAGAUCUGGUGUCUGAGGGGAAGCUUAGCGUCCAGAUUUUCUGCAGCUGUGGAAAUUUGCAUGUUGAGGCGUCACCGCGGAGCGUCGAGCUCGUCACCGGCCGCGUACUAAACCGGCUGAUUACUUUCCCGAAGUCUCUCGUGUUCUACAGAUGGAAUUUGACCAUCAACCAGACUGCAGAAUAUUUAGUGUUUUGAAGGACACUGAUGUAAAGCCGGAAUCCUGCUCUGGCCGAGACGUACAACAGCGUUAAAUGUAAAAGAGUAAAAGAGCUCAGAUGAUGGACGACACGAUCACUGACCAGCAGAAGUGUGUGUGUGAUGAAUUUGAUAGCUAGACAUAGCUAAUGAAAUUUAAAAACAUUGGACUAGCUACUGAGCGUGAGGAACAUGAUCGUAUCCUGAUGAUGUCUCAUGUUUGUGCUUCGUCACAGUCAGGAAGUCUUCUGUGAACGUUUCCUCUACGAUCUGUGAUGUUAAAUCGUCACACUGCGUUUCUUACAUAUACAAAUUAAUCUGCUUAGGAAAAGUCUCGCAGUGGUUAAGCGGGUCGUCCCUCGGCCGCAGCGUGGGUCAGUAUGAGGUAGAGUUGUGUUGUUAUAGUAACGGCAUCGAUGUUGCGUUUACAUUCACAACAAUUUGAAAGCAUUAAGCUCACGUGUCAGCAUGUAUGUAAUAAUAUUCGCGAUCACUGCAGCGUAGUGUGUUGAGCGUCAACUUUGUUUGCUAAGCAACGUAACAGAUAAAGGCUAGCAUAAAGUUUCCUGUAAACUUUAAUGUACAAUUCAAUUCAGUUUGUAUAUCAAGCAUCAUAACAUGAAUGAAUUUAUAAACCGUCCAACAGCUCGGCCAAUCAGAUUCAAGAACUGAAUUUUAUUUUAUUUUUAUUAAAAAUAAAUUCUUGAAAGUCAGUAAGGAGUGUUUUUUUUGUUUGUUUUUGUUUCCUGUUCCUGGAUGUUCCUGAAUAAAAACGGAUUUGAUGGGCGUGGUUCAGGAUCCCUGUGUUCACACCAGAAAGAAUCUGAAUCAGGAAUCAAUUCAGUGGGAACAGGAACCAGGCACCAGGGGUGUUUAUCGCGUGGAAAUGAAGCCAACGUAAAGAAAAUAAGACUAGCGUAGCAUUUGAGCAAAGAAGCAGCAGGAUGCAGCGUCCCGCAAGGGGGCAUGACAUCCAUCACGCUUUUCUCUCCCUGUGUCUGCGUCUGCAUGGCGACUGCUGAUUUCUGUGUAAUCGAUGAUUAAUUAACCCCGCCCCCGAUUCCCGGCCGGUUCUACACGCGCGGGAGGCUACAGAGGGAAUCAUAUUGAUGAAUGACCGGGAUCAUGUCCGCCGCGCAUUUUUCAUAAAUAACGAGAAGGAGAUGCAGAUUGAGAGCGUGCUGCGCGUCCCUCAGGGGGAUGCUUGCUUUUCUGGAUCUAUUUUUUAUUUCUUUUUCUCCCUCCCCCUUCCUUCAGCUCACCCUUCUCUCAGUUUCUGUCUUUUGUCUCGUUUCCGUACAGAUUUAAAUAAAUUUAUUUAAAGGAACUGUGUUUUUUUUUUUUGUUUUUUUGUCCCUGCACACAAAAACCUGAACAUGACAAAAGGAAGGAAUAAAGGAAGAGAAGAUACGAAGGAGAAAGAAGUGAGAAUAUGUAGCUGGGUAUUAAAAAAAUAAAGAAAGAGGAAGGACGAGGAGAGCUUAGAAGAGAAGAAGAAGAGGGGGAGAGAAAAAAAACCCACCCAGACGAAACGGAUCGCUGUCGUCUAAUUCGCCCGCGUGUUAAAGUUCGCCAGCAGACGCUGUGCUCUGAUUGGCUGAGGAAAGGUGAAAUUAAAACCACGCUAAACUUUUGACCCCAAGACGGAAAGGAGGAGUGGAACAGGAACGCCAGUCACCACGCUCUCUCUCUCUCUCUCUCUCUCUCUCUCUCUCUCUCUCUCUCUCUGCCUCUCUCACUCUCUGCCUCUCUCUCUCUCUGCCUCUCUCUCUCUCUCUCUGCCUCUCUCUCUCUCCUUCUCUCUCUCUCUCUCUCUCUCUCUCUCUCUCUCCCUCUCUGGCUUCCUUCUCCAUCUUUUUUUCAGAGGCAGGGAUGCAUGCCGCUCAGCAUGCAGAAAACAGAUGAAGCGAGAUGGAAAGUGUCAGAGAGAGGGAGAGAGAGAGCGAGAGAGAGAGGGAGAUGUAACAGGGGAAGGGAUAAGACAGCAGAGGGAGAGUGUGUGAGAGAGAGAGAGAGAGAGAGAGAGAGAGUGGAGAUGUGUGUUUUUUUCCCUCUUCCCUUCUCUUCCUCCCUCUAUGCACAUAAUGACUGGUGCUCAUCAGUGAGAAGCAGGAGAAGAAGUGAGUGGUGAAGCAGCAGCACAGACGGAGGAGAGAGAGAGAGAUGGAGGGAGAGAGAGACAGAGACACUUCCACACCCUUAUGUUUUCCUUCAUUAGCCAUCAAGCGCAGUGGGGGGCGGGGCCGAGUCUGAUGCUGUAACUGGAUCCGGCCGAGUUAAAGAGGAGGGCAGCGUUUUCUUCCUUUAGAGACACACACAUACACACACACACACGCACACACACUUUUCCAUGGCUCUGAUCCGUUCAUCCCCAGGCAGAGCGAAUUCUCCAGCUCUACUAUUCCACUUAACAUUAAAGUUACAUCUCUCCUGAUCUUCAUCAGAGUCACUUGACAGAAACACACACACACACAAUCACAACAUGACACACACAACAACAUACACACAUCACAUGCACACCACAAGACAUACACACGCACAAACACCUCGCGCACACACACUCACUAACUGAUAUGAACUGAAGACCCAGGAAGCUCCGCCCCCUCUCCACCCCCUGACAGUUUGAGCGCUCUCAUCUCUAUAGACUCGCAUCCUCGUCUCCUGUAAUAAUAAUUCUAUUAUAGUAAUAAUAAUCCAAACUUCUGAAUUCUUCAUCAAAUCAACUGUUAGCUAACGUCAAACAUAUUACACACGUUACACACAUUACACACGUCACACACAUUACACGUUACACACGUCACACACAUUACACGUCACACACGUUACAUACGUCACACACAUUACACAUGUUACACACAUCACACAUGUCACACACAUUACACGUUACACACGUCGCACACGUCACACAUUACACGUCACACACGUUACAUACGUCACACACAUUACACAUGUUACACACAUCACACGUCACACACAUUACACGUUACACACAUCACACAUGUCGCACACAUCACACACAUUACACGUUACACACAUUACACAUGUUACACACAUCACACAUGUCACACACAUUACACACGUCACACGUUACAUACGUCACACACAUCACACAUGUCACACACAUUACACGUUACACACAUCACACGUCGCACACGUCACACAUUACACGUCACACACGUUACAUACGUCACACACAUUACACAUGUUACACACGUCACACACAUUACACGUUACACACAUCACACGUCACACACAUUACACACGUCACACACAUUACACAUGUCACACACAUCACACAUGUCACACACAUUACACAUAUUACACAUGUUACACACAUUACACAUGUUACACACAUCACACAUGUCACACACAUUACACGUCACACACAUUACACAUGUUACACACAUCACACGUUACACACAUUACACGUCACACACAUUACACACGUCACACACAUUACACACGUCACACACAUCACACGUCACACACAUCACACAUGUCACACACAUCACACAUGUCACACACAUCACACAUUACACACAUCACACGUCACACACAUUACACGUCACACACAUCACACACGUCACACACAUUACACAUGUUACACACAUCACACAUGUCACACACAUUACACAUCACACACGUCGCACAUGUCACACACGUCGCACACGUCACACACGUUACACACGUCACACACAUUACACACGUCACACACAUUACACACGUCACACACGUCACACACAUUACACAUGUUACACGUCACACACGUCGCACACAUCACACAUGUCGCACACGUUACACACGUCACACACAUUACACACGUCUCACACGUCACACACAUCACACGUCACACACGUUACACACGUCACACAUGUCGCACACGUUACACACGUCACACACAUUACACACGUCACACAUCACACGUCACACACAUCACACAUGUCGCACACAUCACACAUGUCGCACAUGUCACACGUUACACACAUCACACAUGUCGCACACGUUACACACGUCACACAUUACACACGUCGCACACAUUGCACACGUCACAUGUCACACACAUUACACACGUCACACACACGUCGCACAAAUUACACACGUCACACACAUUGCACACAUUACACAUGUCGCACACAUUACACACGUCACACACAUUGCACACGUCACGUCACACACAUUACACGUCGCACACGUCACACACAUUACACACAUCACACACAUUGCACACGUCACGUCGCACACAUUGCACACGUCACAUGUCGCACACAUUACACACGUCGCACACGUUACACACGUCGCACACGUUACACACGUCGCACACGUUACACACGUCACACACAUUGCACACAUUACACAUGUCGCACACAUUACACGUCACACACAUUACACACAUCACACACAUUUCACACGUCACGUCGCACACAUUACACACGUCGCACACAUUACACACGUCACACAUGUCGCACACGUCACACACUACACGUCGCACACAUUACACACGUCACACACGUCACACACGUGUCGGAGGUGAAGUGGAAGGUCAGAGGCGCGCUGAUGCAAAUCUGUGUUCUUCAUGGUCACAGGCCACAGCACUGGCUAGAGAAUGAGAGGAGGUCAGAGCACGGAAAAUAUGCUAAUGUGGGGCGUUUAGAGGCGAGACCUCACUGCCUCAUCUUCCUUUGA